AUGCAGCGCACGUUCGCCAUCGCCAAGCCGCUCCUUCGCCGCGUCCACACGGAGGCCCGCAUCAAGGAACUCGGCUACGUCCUUCCCGGCGUCGCCGAGCCCAAGGGCAACUACCGCCCGUGCGUCCGCUCGGGCAACAUGAUCUUCACGGCCGGCCACUUGCCGCAGCCCGCGGGCGGCGACUUGAUCAAGGGCAAGAUCGGCGCGGACCUCACGGCUGAGGAUGGCUACGAAGCCGCGCACCACGUCGCGCUCGCCUUGUGCGCGACGCUCAAGGCCGAGCUCGGUGACCUCGACAAGGUCAAGCGCAUCGUCAAGGUCGUCGGCUUUGUCAACUGCGUCGAUGGCUUCACCGCGCAGCCGUCGGUCAUCAACGGCUGCUCGGACACGCUCGGCAAGAUCUUUGGCGAGCGUGGCGUCCACGCGCGGUCGGCCGUCGGCACGAACGCCCUCCCGCUCGGUAUCCCCGUCGAAGUCGAAUGCAUCGUCGAAGUCGAAAACUAA